AUGUUACCGGUGCAGAUUUUAAAAGAAAAUGCUCAAGAAGAACGAGGCGAAAGUGCGAGGCUUUCUUCAUUUGUCGGCGCAAUAGCCAUCGGAGACUUAAUAAAAUCUACACUGGGACCAAAAGGAAUGGAUAAAAUAUUAUUGAGUGGUGAAGGAGAGCAACAAAAUGUUCAGGUUACGAAUGAUGGUGCCACAAUUCUAAAAUCUAUCGGGGUUGAUAAUCCAGCAGCUAAAGUUCUUGUAGAUAUAUCAAUGACACAAGAUGCAGAAGUGGGAGAUGGUACAACUUCAGUUGCAGUUCUUGCUUCAGAACUUUUGAAAGAAGCGGAAAAGAUGGUCGCAAUGCGUAUUCAUCCUCAAGUGAUUAUCUCCGGCUACAGAAAAGGGCUGCAAAUUGCUCAGGAUGCUUUACGGGCUUCAUUAGCAAUUUCAUUUAGUGCCAACAUGCGCGAUGACCUUUUAAAAAUAGCCUGUACAACGUUGGGCUCCAAAAUUUUGUCACAGCACAAGGAACAUUUUGCUGAACUUGCCGUUGACGCAGUAUUGCGUUUAAAAGGUUCUGGAUCUUUGGAAGCAAUUCAGAUUAUUAAGAAACUCGGUGGCUCACUGAACGAUAGUUACCUUGAUGAAGGUUUUCUGUUGGAGAAAAGGCCUGGAAUGUAUCAACCCAAAAGGGUCGAGAACGCAAGGAUCUUAAUUGCAAAUACUGCAAUGGAUACUGAUAAGGUUAAAGUUUUUGGUUCGCGGGUCAGAGUUGAGUCUGUGGCAAAAGUAGCCGAGUUAGAAGCAGCUGAAAAAGAAAAAAUGAAAGACAAAGUGAACAAAAUUAUUGCGCAUAACAUUAACGUUUUCAUCAAUCGGCAACUGAUUUAUAAUUAUCCUGAACAGCUUUUCGCAGAUGCCAACAUCAUGGCAAUUGAACAUGCGGAUUUUGAAGGGAUUGAGCGUCUUGCGUUAGUGCUUGGUUUAGGUCAAAUUCGUUCUUUUUUCAAGUCAUUAGUUAAACUAGGUAGUUGUGACCUCAUAGAAGAGGUCAUGAUUGGAGAGGAUCGUCUUUUAAGGUUCUCAGGUGUUCCUCGAGGAGAGGCAUGCUCUAUUGUUUUACGUGGGGCAACCCAACAAAUAUUGGACGAAGCUGAAAGGUCUUUACAUGAUGCACUGUCGGUUCUGGUAACACAUGUGAAGGAGUCGCGCACUGUUGUUGGUGCUGGAGCAGCCGAAAUUUUAAUGAGCUCAGCAGUACUGGUUGAAAGUCAAAAGGUUUCUGGGAAAGAAGCGAUUGCUGUUGAAGCGUUUGGACGAGCGUUAGCUCAGCUUCCGACCAUUAUUUGCGACAAUGCUGGGCUGGAUAGCGCUGAGCUUGUGUCGCAAUUGAGAGCCAAGCACGCAACUGGUUUCCAUACAAUGGGAAUAGACAUUGAGAACGGCUCUGUAGGGGAUGUAGAGAAGCUGGGAGUAAUUGAAUCCUAUAGCGUUAAGAUGUGUAUGCUUUCUAGCGCUGCUGAAGCUGCCGAACAAAUCCUUCGCGUUGAUAAUAUCAUUAAAUGUGCUCCACGACCACGUCCGCCUGACCGAAGACCAUGUUAG